AUGACCACCGUUGUCGCCAAUCCCCCGGCCCCUGCUCAGCAUGCGGCACCAGCGUCGGUAGACGGCGUAGGCUCCUCGAGGACAUAUGCACCCAUCCAGCCCUCAACUUCUUCUCCCCACAAAGUGACGCCCAACUCUCGUACUGCUCAGCUGCCGCCUUCCGAAAAUGCUUCACCUACCGCCUCCAGUCCAGGUGCACAGCACAGAGCCGAGAACAAGCGCUCACCUCUUUCCCGACAGGCCUCGGCCUCGUCUCCCACCUCCACAUCAAUGUCCCCUCCUCACAGAGACAUCAUGUCACUCAUGUCUAACCGUCCCUCCGAGCGCAGGUCUCGUGGCCCGCCUCCCAAGAUAGUCGUCAAGAAGGAACCUACCUCGCCCGACAUGCCCACCACCACCCGCCACCGACCCCAGCGCCUAAACUUGGCCAACCACAACAUUGUCCACUCGAGUGGUGCCCUCACUGCCCGUCCUUCGGGUCAGUUGCACGAUGUUGGCCUCGCCUGCCUCUCGCCAGGCUUCCACACCCAGGACCCGACUAUGCGUGAGCAGCUCCAACGCAGUCUGGAUGUAAGAGAGCGCCAGCGCCAGAUUAUCGAGGCUCGCCAAAAGGGCGGCAAGACUGGCCCCGCCGAGUCGGACGACACUCGCAACACUGAAAUCGGUGCUUUUGGACGGACUAUCAAGACCCCCAUGACUUCCCGCCGAAGGGGCCCUCCUCCUGGUCUUUCUAUCGCUCCUCCCUCGCACCAGCAGUUCUCCGCCGACCGCGUCAUUCAGUCAGCCCCAAUCAACCAAACCUUUACUGGUCUCCGCAGCAACGCACCUGCUUCGCGACAGCUCGCCAACGGCCCAUCCAACUUAUCGCAACAGUCACACAUCCAUCAUGUACCGGCUCAGCAGACCAACAACCGGUUACCUCCCAUCUCGGAUGUCUUCCCAGAACCGCUGGGAACUGCGCGAAAUGCGUACCACAACGGCAGCCCGGGAAACUCUUCGCAUUCCAAUGUCCAGCCCCCGAUGCACUCGCCCAGCUUCCCUCCCCCACAAUUCACACAGCCACCUCCCACAUCAAGGCCUCGUGAGUACAAGUCGGCCGAGGAGGCAGUGCAGCAACUUUCUGGUGGCCGUGAGGAUCUCCUGCCCCGUCUCGUUCACUACGGUGGCCAUCAACCCCCCACGCCGCCAUCGCCAAUGCCCAACAAGAACGCAUCCUCCGCUUACCCAUCGAGACCUGAAUUGCAGCGUGGUCCCAGCAGCGCACGGAGACGUGGCCGUGACGAAUACGAGCAAGACAACGGCACACCGCCACUAGGCCGCCAGCAACCACGCCUUGGUCCCUUUGGAGCCGGCCGGGAUUCUCCAGAAACACAAGAAAAGAAGAAGCAAGAAUUCAUCGGACUUUGUGCAAGAGCCUGGGACCUGUUCCACUCAUAACACUGAUCUGCAUCUUGGUUCGAUAAUACUCCAGCGGCAAUUCGAUCUCAUUCGAUUCGAUUCGUCACAUCUUCGACCAUAUUCACGGCAUAGCACUCGUUCGACCUAUUCAUACUUUCAUGUUUCAGCGCUGCGUACUAUUACCCCUUCAUCUUGGCACGAUUCCAGUCGCACGCAAUUUCUUUCCAUACGUUUCGUAAAAGCGCCAGCGGUCUAAUACGGCACGCAGGGUUAUACCCCACACACAUGCACAUUUCUAUAUGUUGUUCAGAUUUCCUAACAUUUGGCCUCUCUUCUACUUUGGUUUCGGAUUUUGCUUGGAUUAUGUUCAUAUGAGCAGGAUGAGCGGACUUUCGGGACGUUUGUUACGUCUUGAAACACACCAUGCCUCAUGACUUAUUCAUAGUUCUUUUUUCUUUUCAUUCUUCGACUACCCAACCCCCUUUUUAAGGCGCUCAUUGGUGGAAGGAAAUACCUAUUGGAAUGGGAAAGGGAAAGAAAUAUCGGGUGGUGGUGGUGGUGUAAUCAUUAUACCGGAUCAAGGUCCGGUUGGUGGAGCAGAAAACAGGCAGGACAAAGUUAACACUCAAGAGUUUGGCGCUCGCGCACAGCGACGCCGUCUCUAGCCUAGCUGCAGAAAUAAGAACGUUGAUUUUC